UAGUGGAUUAAUAGCCACCACUGGAGGCUGUGUCAGCACUAGUGUCAGCAGUAGGACGUGUCAGCACUAGUGUCAGAACCAGGCUUUCGGUGCCCGUGUCAGCAACAGACUGUCAGUGCCAGUGUUAGCACCAGUGUCAGUACUAGUGUUAGCACCAGGCUGUGUCAGAAUCAAGUUGCAUCAACACCAGGCUGUAUCAGUACCAGUGUCAGCACGUGUCAGUGCCGCAGCCAGCACCACUGUCAGCACUAUUAUUAGUACCAGGUUGUGUCAGCACCACACUGUAUCAGAACCAGGUUGUAUCAGCAAGUGUCAGUACCAGGUGUGUCAGUACCAGUGUCAGCACAAGGCUAUGUCAAUACAAGGCUGCGUCAGUACCAGGCCGUAUCAGCACAAGUAUCAGCACGAAGCUAUGUCAGCAUCAGUGUCAUCACAAGGCUGUGUCAGCGCCAGUGUCAGCAUAAGGCUGUGAUUGCUACUAUCAUCCCUAGUGGUAUCAGUGUCACCGAGGCUGUCAUAACUAGUGCCACUAACAGGCUGUGAACACUGUUAUCAUCACCAGUGUUACCAACACUGUUAUCAUCACCAGUGUUACCAAAACUGUUAUCAUCACGGCUGUUAUUGUCACCAGGAAUGUCGUCGACGACCCCAGCACCGCCGCCCACACACAGCCCUGCCCACACGCCCACUCACCCGCCCAGUCACACGCCCGUCAGCACGCCCACGUCAACAAGCAGCAGCAACAGUAGCGAGGGUAAACCCAGUCUUCCAGACUACGUCCAGACACUGACGGUGACAGACGCCAACGGGCAGGUAAGAGAGCUGGUGUUCCCCAAGGGGCUGGACCUGGACCGCCCCAAGCGUGCUCGCACAACCUUCAGCGGGGACCAGCUCAGCGCCCUGGAGCGAGAGUUUCGACGUAACCAGUACCUGGUGGGUCGUGAGAGAUCCCUCCUGGCAGCCAGACUUGGACUCUCAGAGACACAGGUGAAGGUUUGGUACCAAAAUCGUCGCACUAAGCACAAGAGAGACCGUGAAAGAGAACACGAAGCGCCCACCGCUGCUCUCACGCCCACACUCACGCCCACCCCGUGCACCAUCAUGCCGCCCCUGCCUCUCACUCCGCCUAUCAUGACGCCCGCUACAACCACCCUCUUUACCUACCCGCCCGUUGCUCCACCCACCACCACUUCAUCCCUUCACGUGCUUACAUCAAAGAUGUGUACACCCACGUCCACACCCACGCCGCCCACCACCUCCAUCAUGACUCCUUACACCCCAGAGUCUCAUCAGGUGGGCACGGAGGAGGGUAGGUCCGGGAGCGGCGAGGAGCAGCGGUCAACAUGCCACUCCCCGCCAUCUUCUGCCAAGCCGCCACCACCGCCACUCACAAGAACCAUUGGCGGCCUGGAGUAUCACAUGGGCUGCUCCAGCAAGCUUGAUGCUGCCAUCCACGGCCAUCAUCCACUGGAGAAGACGUUUUCCAAGAGCUUACCCACGCUGCUGGGUUCCUUCCACUCAGUUCCACCUGGAGUGGCACCCUCGGCCUUCCGCCCCAUCUUUCCACGCCCACUACACCCAUUGGCACUACAACACCACGUCCUCUCACGCCCACACCCAGCCUGGUUACCUUAGCAACAGUGUACAAUGUUGCUGUGGUGAGGGUGGAGCCAGGAGUGUUGCUGUGGUGAGGGUGGAGCCAGGAGUGUUGCUGUGGUGAGGGUGGAGCCAGGAGUGUUGCUGGACCUCAAUUGCUGGUUUCAUUGUUAAUAAUGAAGAGUGCUUCAGUAAUUCAUCUUUUUAUUACGUUUAUACUAUAGUGUCAUGGCGAAAUGUACUGUUAUUCACAUCUAGUGUGUGUGUGUGUGUGUGUGUGUGUGUGUCGGUCUGUCUGUCUGUCUCACUGACUGGCGUGAGAGUGAUUACCUAUUUAUAGUUACGUGAAAAAAAAAACUUUGUGACAUCCCGUUUUCGGUGUAUUGUUUGUAAUGUAUUUGUUGAAAUUGUUGAGUGACUGUAUUACUCGCUACCUUCUCUUGGAUUCCUCUCCGUCAGUCUUCUGUCUUCGUGAAGAGAUAUUUUUAGUGUUUUUCUUUCACAGUCUACAGUAAUGGUCUUUUCUUAUUUCUAUUAAUGGCUGUUUUAUUAUCUUACUGGCAGUUAUGACGUUAAUGGCAAGCCUUCUAAAUGCCACGACGACAUUUACAGAAAUAUUAGUCUUCCAGUGGUAAAGUCAAUCGACAGUAUGUAAAUGAGACACAAUGUAAAUGAGACACAGUUAUAGCAUUUUACUGUGAAAUCGUUUCGCCCAUCAAGAUGGAAGAAAUGUCUUCACAAUAAAAUGCCAAAAUCUUCACUGAAUGUUUUAUUCACAUUCAGUCUUCCACCUUCACAUUCUUUUUUAACUCUGAGAAUUGUGUUGUGGCGGGUCUGGUGAACCUCUGCUAUAUGGAACAUUGUUUACCGCGACCAUCCUACUGUCAUUGCACAUUCUAGUUAUGAUCCAACGCAUUUUGUUAACAAUUUGUUUAGCAGUUUACUUUCUAAAUAUGUGAAAUCUGUGUCGAAGUUUGCCAGUACAGCAAAUUAUAACGUAUUUCGUUCCCAUUUAAUUUUACCAAUUAUUAUUUUUUAGUGUUUUUUUUCCAUCUCUCC